AUGCACACGCACCACCCCAUGAGUUACGGUUACCUCGUCGUCGCAGCGGAGGGGGUACCAAUAGAUUUAUUUGACCAGUUCGACAUUCCGAGUGCUCCCGUCAUUUUCCGAGGCUCGGCGACCGAAGACGACGUGGCCAAGCGUUUUGUCCGCGACGUCCUCGAUGUGACCGCCAAGAAUGGCAGAUUGUAUAAGGAAGUUAAACGUGGCGAUUUUCUAUGA